AUGUUCGGCGACGGCACCUUCCAAUACCGCCACGGCAUCGCCGUCGCGCAAGUCAUCUUCUUCACCGUCUCCCUCACCUUCAGCGUCUCGUUCUACCUACGCCGCCAAAUCGGAUGGUUCUGUAUCGGCAUGCUCUCACUCAUCCGUCUCGUCGGCGCCAGCUGCAUGCUCGGGACUAUGCAUAACGACUCGGACGGGCUCUGGGCCGGCGUGUUCGUAUGCGAAUCCCUCGGUAUCAUCUUGAUCAUCUUCCUGUUGCUUGAGAUGCUGGAAAGGAUAAACAAAACCCACCCCACAGCCCCGCGCUAUAUAUUCCUCAUCCCGCAAGUCCUCACGUGGAUCGACAUCGGGAUCUCAAUCGGCGGCUUCGUCGCCGUAACGCACAAAGAACACGCCCUUUUACCAACGCCCUACAGCCGCGCCGGCAUCGGCAUGAUCGCUGCAAUCUACGUCUACACGGUGGGCGUAUUCGUGUUUUUCUGGCUCCGUCGGGGGCCCUUUUCCGCUGUGGAGAAAAGAAUAUGUACCUGUGUCGCGGCGUGCGUGCCUGUGCUGGCUAUUCGAGUCACGUACUCCCUUGUGUUUGUGAUUACGGCGGAUAUGGUCUGGAAUGCGGUGAAGGGGGAUUCGUCGGCGUAUUUGGUCAUGACGAUGGUGCCGGAGAUGGGGAUUGUUGCGGGUUGUGUGUGGACGAUUUGGAGGGUUCCGGCGUUGGAGAGGGAGAAGAAGAAGAAGAAGGGGGGAAGGGACUUGGAGGGGGAUUCUGGGAGUCAGGAUGUUCCGCUGGUGAGAUAG